UGGGCGCUGCUGGCCGGAGCCGGCUUCCUCCUGCCCAACAGCUUCAUCGUGGCGGCCGACUACUUCCAGGCGCAGUACCCAGGCUCCACUAUCGUGUUCGAUCUCUCGCUCACGUACAUCCUGGUGGCCUUCUGCUCAGUGCUGCUCAACAACGUACUGGUGGAGACACUUCUGACAGGACCUGGUGUCGUUGCAGGAUACGUGCUGUCAUUCGUUACGCUGCUGUUCGUCGCCGUCUUCGAGAUCUGGUGGCAGGUGUUCAGCAACACCACCUCGUACGGUGUCAACCUACUGGCCGUCUCCGUGGUCGCCGUCGGCUGCACAGCUCAGCAGUCGAGCUUCUACGGCUACACGGGCAUGCUGCCGAACCGCUACACCCAGGCCGUGAUGACGGGCGAGAGCGCCGCCGGCGUGCUGGUUUCGACCAGCCGGAUCCUGACGCGGCUGCUGCUGGACGACGUGCGUCUCAACACGCUGGUGUUCUUCUGCUGCUCGCUGCUGCUGCUGGUGGCCGUCUGCUGCGUUCUGCACCAGCUGCUCAGACGGACGGCGUUCGUGCGUCACCACGUGGCAGCCUGCUCGGCCGACCCGCUGUCCGAGACCCAGGCCGGCGAUCAGGUCACACUGGUGGACAUCGUGGAGGAGGCGGACGGCAAGGACUACGGGCGGCUCACUCUCGCCUCCAACAGCGACGACUCGGCCUUCCAGUCGACCGAGACGCUGCCGGCCGGCGGCGCGGCCUCCUACGACACGUUCUCGGAGCGGGCUGGCGGCACGUCCUACCGCGUCAGCGAGCUGCUGGUGCACGUGCGACGCUCGGGCCGCGCCCGCCCCCCCGCGCUCGACUGCUGCGCCGCGCUCAAACGCGGCACCCAGGCGCGCUCGGCGACGGUGCGCCGGGUCUGGCCGUACAUGGUGUCCAUCUGCCUGGCGUACCUGGUCACGCUCAGCCUGUUCCCUGGUAUCGAGAGCGAGGUGCACAGCUGCACGCUCGGCUCCUGGAUGCCCGUCGUCCUCAUGGCCAUCUUCAACGUCUCCGACUUCGCCGGCAAGGUGCUGGCCUCCCUGCCGUACGAGUGGUCGCGGCGCCAGCUGGUGGCGUUCUCGACGCUGCGCUUCCUGCUGAUCCCGCCGCUGGUGCUGUGUGCCGCACCGCGCGCCGAGCCGCUGCUGGCCUGGGAGGGCUGGCCCAUGCUGUUCAGCCUGCUGCUGCUGGGUCUCACCAACGGCCUGGUGGGCAGCCUGCCCAUGAUCCUGGCGCCAGACAAGGUGCCGGACCAGAACCGGGAACUCUGCGAUGGCAACCGAGCUGUCACUAGCUAUCAGGGAUGA